AUGUGGGGGGGGAGGAGGCUGGGCGGUUGGUGGCUUGGGUGGGGGUGGGAGGGUGGGGUGGGGGGGGCGGGGGGGGCAAAGGGGGGGGGGGGAGGGGGGGAGGGGGGGUUUAGGUGGGGGGGGGGGGGGGGGGGUCGGGGGGUGUUUCCGAGGAUAGGGGGGGGGCCGGGGGGGGGGGGUAGGGGGGGGGUCUGGGGGGAGGGGGGGGCGGUGGGGGGGGGAGGGGAGGGGGGGGUGGGUAGGGGGGGGGGGGUGGGGGGAGGGGGGGGUGGGGGGGGAAGGAAGGGGGGGAGGAGGUGA